UUUGAUAUGCUGAAUCUUUUGCUAUUCUCUUACGUAUCCGUAUUGUUUGGUUCUUCUUUGUUUGCAGAUAAGCUGAUUGCUAGAAGAUACGAUUCAGAAUGUCUGGCAGGAAAGAGACAGUGUUGGAUUUGGCGAAAUUUGUUGACAAGGGUGUCCAAGUUAAGCUUACUGGUGGAAGACAAGUGACAGGCACUUUGAAAGGAUAUGAUCAGUUAUUGAACCUUGUUUUGGAUGAAGCAGUUGAGUCCCUAAGAGAUUCAGAUGAUCCACUGAUAACCACUGACCAAACUAGGCAACUUGGCUUAAUAGUAUGUCGAGGAACUGCAGUAAUGCUUGUAUCACCUACUGAUGGUACAGAUGAGAUCGCAAAUCCUUUUCUUCAGCCUGAUGGAGCUUAAAAGCUGAUUUUUAGGACUUUCACCACCCAUUUUUAGUUAAAGAAAAGCCCUAAAGAAGAACUACAUGUUUAUUGUCAUCCCUUGUAUGAUUAUCUGUUUUGACUCUCAAUUGAAGUAAGUUUUAUUUGUGCACUUUUGGUUAGUUCCUGUUUUUCAUUAGUUAGUAUGAUAAGAAGUUUGUUAA